AGUUUUGUUUCAGUAUACUCCAAAUACUGUAGCCUAUCAGAUUAUGAUACGUAUCUGGCGGGAAGUUUUGGAGGGAAGCUAAGAGAGAAAGAGAAUGAAGAAAAUUUUAAAGAGAAUCGUAAUUUUGCUGUUUCUUUUGACAGCAUCUUCAUCAAUAGAGGAAGAAAAACAAGCCAAAAAUGAAGAGAAAGAAGAUAUUAGCGAUGUUUUUGUGGCUACUACUGAGUGGCAGGAAAUAAAGAAAGGACAGGCAGUACCAGCUGGUCUCCAUUAUCGUAUCAAUCUACAAACUGGACUCAAAGAAGCUAAGCUGAUGGAAGAAGGACAAGACAAAGAGGAGGCAAAUGUUCAAGUGGUUGAUGUGAAAGGUUAUGGUCAUUCUGAUCGACGUGGAGCUAUCAAUAAAUCGACUAAAGUGUUUACGAGACAAGAAUUGAGAGAAAUGCUGAAGAAGAUUAAAGAUGAAAGUCCAGAGCAGUCCAUACCUCCAUUACUGACUGUAUUAAAUGAAGGUAGUAAAAAUAACUCCAUUGAGAAAUCAAAAUCAAGCUCUACGCUGUCUGAUCUGAGAUCAAUGUUAACAUUUCACGCUGAUGUUGAGAUCAUGUUGCAACGACUUGAGAUAUUAGUGAAUCCUGAAUCAACAGUUGAUGAUAUGCUGAGAUCUCUUGACGAUUUGGAAUACAUAGUCCAUCAGAUUGACAAUGCAAGAGAUUUUGAUGUCCUAGGUGGAUUAGUAGUUAUCGUACAAUUAUUAAAUCAUUCAAAUAACGACAUUAUAUGUGGAGCUGCUCUUGUACUAGGAUCAGCUGCUCAGAGCAAUCCUGAAGUUCAGAAGCUCGCCCUCUCCUACAAUGCCCUCCCUACCCUCCUCUCUCUCCUCUCCCCUUCCUCCUCCUCUUCACUAGUACAUCGAAGAGCAUUAUAUGCUUUAAGUGCUACUCUAAGAGGACAAGUGGAGAUGAUUAGUACUUUUUUAACAGAAUAUGACGGGAUAAAUAUUCUGAGUCAACUAGCAGCUACCACCGAUAGCGAAACUGUUCUUGUUAAAAUUAUAACUUUAAUUACUGAUUUAUUAGCUAGCUUGGAGGAGAAUGGGAUUACAAUAAGUGAUAUACAGGAUAGGCUAUAUAUUAAUGAUUGGUGUGAUCGAACUGUUGCUGUACUGACUGAAUCAAAGAGCUCAACCUCAUUAGAGAAAUGUGUUCUUUUAAUUAAUAAACUAUUAAAUGUUUGUCACUACGGUAACCAGUACAAUCUGUUACUGAAGAUCAGCAAGGAAUGGAUCAGAGAUGAGAGAGAGAAAGAAUUAAUUGAAAUUAUUAAUAAUAUUUUAUAUAAUGUUAAAACUAGUAGCAAGAAGGAAUUGUAAGUAUUUUAUUUUACAUAAAUUUAUAAUUUAUUUACUAGAAACUCUGAACAUCC